AUGGCUUUCACACGCAACAUCAUUGACAAGAUUUCUGGUAAGAAGAGCCGUACUCGCCUUCCUGUCUCAUCAUGGAAUCCCUGUGAAAUUUUGGUUCCGGAUCCUGAUACGCCAGAGUCUGAGCUGUUGGGUGUUAAUGAUAUGCUAAAGACCUGUCGGGACGAGGCAGAGGAAGGACUUCGAGUUUAUCUCGCGGAAACUCGCUCGAAGAUCGAAAAUAACAUUACUUCGACGCCUGAAACUUCGAGUCUCGGCUAUGACAGGCAGCAUCGUGCGAUUUCACUGUGCUGCAACUCCAAGCACCCGUCUAAAACACUGUACGGUCACUUCGCGUCCAGCGUUUCUGUUAUAAAAUGCUUCCAGGACAUUUCCAACGAGACCGGUAUCUCUCACCCCAUGAACCCUAUCACAACUUCCCACAACUCAACUGACACUAUGGUUGACGCAAGCACUCUUACCAUUGACACUGCUCUGGAGACAUGCCACAACUUCCCACAGGAUGGGAGCUGUGCUAUCUGUCUGUUUUCCCUUGUAACCGAGCCAUCUAGCGACGAUAGUGCCAACGCUGACGAGACCGACGUUGUGAUCGCUAAGGUUUGUGGCGACAAGCAUCAUUUCCAUCGUACUUGCAUCAUGGCGUGGUUCAGUUCCGGCCACAUUCCUCUCAACGAGUGUCCAAUGGAUCGCAACGUCCUCUAUGGUUACCAACGCAUCCCUCAGUUCCCAGUCAAUCUUCCUGAGCUGACCUUCUUCCCCGGUCAUAAUCCCGAGGACCAUGAAGCCUUCUACGCCAGUUUUCCAGGUGGCCAUGAGUCUGUCUUCGUAGCUAUGAACCCAGAACGCAAUGUGUUCCGGCUUGAUGUUCCUGCGGAGUUUGGUACACCCAUAUCCAUGGUCUUGGAUCUGACUCGUGAAUCUACUCCAGAAUCUCGGGUCUCUGACCUCGCGAUACUUACACGUGGCGCGACGAAUGCCUCAGCGAUGGAUUUAUUCUAUUUACUUCCACGUUGGGACAUAGACUCUGUGCAGGAAUUCAAUCGGAUUCGGAGCCUUCCGGCCGGUCCGGAUCCAUUGGAGGGCCUUUCGUUCACGCCACCUCCUCAGGCAACUCCGUUGCCAAGAGACGGGUUUGACCAUUUCCUCGACGGGGGCUUAGUUCAUUUUUGGAACCCUUCAAAUGACGACUCACAUGAGUCUACCGUGGCUAGCGUUCUAGUAUCUAGGGAGACGUCUCGUACUGCAUAUCAGGUGCUUGAGGACCAGUUCAUGUCGGUGAUCGAGAUGUCUCCGUAUCUCGACCCAGUAUUCGGAAUGGCGAUUGCUGAUUACAUGGCAGAGUUUCCUGAUCCGGAUUUGGAUUCGGACGGCGCACCUGACUUUGCAGCACAUGCGCAGCGCUUUUGGCAGAUUAACCCGCGCUUCAGACCAGACAAUGCCCCUCCAGCUGAGCCGGAACAGCUUUACCCAUUCAACACGCUGCCUGAUGACGGCGUGGAGCCUCGGCGCUAUCUAUAG